UCCGCGACUUUCUUCUAGAAGUGGUCCAGCCGCACAAGUUUUCCAGAUACCAUAUUCUUAGGUUGAGCUCUUAAAAUGAGCUGGAUGUGGUUGAAUUUAGAUGUCGAAAUGACAUUUUCAGCACUGGUCUUAAGAAAUAUUUAAAUUUUAAAAUAUGGUCAUGACCGAAUGAUCAUCAUAUUGAAAAUUAUCGAAUGAUGAUAACCUUGCUUUGUUACGAUGAAGAUUGUAAGUAUUUAUAUCAGCUAUUGUCAUCACUGGCUUUGCAAAUCUUGAGAUAACAAACAAAAUUAGUUCAAUGAUGAUACAGGCCUCAUCGUGCAAUCCAAAUGGGUAUUUCUCAAGUGCAGUCUGAAUCUGAAUGAGACACAGCUGUUGUAACUACAGUGUUUGCGUACGAAGCAUUCAUUUUCAUCUUCAUCGAAAAUAAGUGGUUCAUAGAGAAUAUUUUUUCUAUCAAUCACAUACGAACAGAAUUGAUAGCGGACGAGCUUGAUGAUUAUUAGUGUUGUUUGCCAGCUUUCUCUAACAUAAAAUUCGUUUCCAUGUAACAACCUAGGAUGACCCAUUGCUUUCUUCGUUUUUCGGUGAUCAUACUGAUCAUUACCACCGUUCAACUCUCGCAAGCAAGGAGCAGCACAUGUUGCGAUGAUUACUGUUACAGUCUGGAUCCGGACAGGACUCAAUCGAAGCAUUUUGCCACCAAAACGGCAUACGAGGUGGUUCGUGGUUCGUCCACCAGUCAGGAGCAUGUUGUUCGCCAUUGCCGCCCGUCCAAGUUUUGGAUGCUUGUUCGUCACGGAACCAGAUUACCGGGAAAAAGCGACAUCGAAUCUAUGCCACCUAUUUUGAAUGAUCUUCGAGAUACAAUUCUUGAAAACUACGCUCAUCAAAUAUCUCCAAAAAGGGGGCUCAUGUGUGCACAAGACUUGGAUCUAUUUAAACAAUGGCAGUGGGAUAAAAAUAUAACCGUUCAAUACGAAUCAUUUCUUACCGAUCAGGGGUGGGAUGAUCUGAAAUCGCUGGCUAUGCGAGAGAAAGACCGCUUCUCUGAGGUAUUCGAUGGUUCUUAUGCUGAACAGCGCUAUUUGUUUCGUCACACAAAAACCCAAAGAACUGAAGCAAGUUUCAAAGCUUUCGCUGAGGGUCUGUUUGGAGAAGAAUCGCUUGAUUCUAUAAGCACUGAACCAGGUCCAAACGAUGAUGUCCUACUAAAACCCUACGAUUUUUGCCCCGCAUACACUGCAAACAAGGAGAAAAUCAAAGACCCGGAUUCCGAGUUAAGCAAAUUCGUAAGAUCCCCACUGUACACGCAGACCUUAGCGGACAUCUCAACACGCUUGGGCUUCCAAGACGUCCUAACUACCGAUCAGAUUGACGCCAUGUGGAAUGCCUGCCGGUUCGAGCAAGCUUGGAAUCUGCGACAGCCCAGUCCUUGGUGUAGCGUCUUCACCAAGACCCACGUGAACGUGAUCGAGUACAAAGAAGACCUCAAUUACUACUACCAGAACAGCUACGGUUACGCGAUGGGAUCUAACCUGUCUUGUCACGCAAUGGCCGACAUGAUGAAGCACAUGGGACGGGAGGAUGGCGAACAGGUCGUUGGCUACUUUACGCACGAAUCGGCGAUUCAGAUCUUUCUGGUUGCGCUGGGAGCCACGAAGGAUACGGAAGAUCUACGGGCGGAUAACUACUACAGCAUGCGCCAGCGCCAGUUCGUUUCAAGCGAUUUGGCUCCGUUUGCGGCGAAUGUUGCUGUGGUGCGGUACGAAUGUGACGAUCCAGUGGAACCAACGAAGUUGAAGUUUUUCCUCAAUGAGAAAACUUUGAAAUUUGGUUGGUGUAAUAGAGGGCUCUGCAAUUGGUCUGAGGUGGCUUACCAGUACAGGCGAUUCCUGGAUGGGAACUGUGACGAAAUGUACUGCGGAUGAAAUCGUCUAACAUUAUGGAACAAACGUCAAAUGAAAUAAUAUACUUGAAAUAUUUUUUUAUAUCUUUA